GGCUGCGUCCUUUUCCGGCGGCAAGAUGGCGGCGAAGACGCGUGUGGUGCCCAGCGACCUCUUCCCGCUAGUCUUGGCCUUCCUGAGGGAGAACCACUUCGACGGGGCGGCGCGCGCGUUCGGGAAGGCGGCCGGCGUGACAGAGCAAGAUCCCAAUGCUGCUUCACUCCUUGAUGUCUUCAACUAUUGGCUGAAAUCACCUGAAGCAAAGAAGCGGCAAGCUUUUCCCAAUGGCCCUCCCGUAAAAAAAGCAAAGGAAGAAUCUUCAUCCAGUUCUGAGAGCUCCAGUGAGGAUGAGAAGCCCCCACCUAAAAAAGCCAGUAAGGUGACCCCCGUGUCAAAGGCGCCUGUAAAGGCAGCUCUUGUAAAGGCUGAGAGCAGCAGUGAUGACUCCAGUGACUCUUCAGAUUCUGAGCAAGAAAAGAAGAAGCCAGCAAAGAAGGGAGAAGUUCCCCAGGUAAAGAAGACAGUCACCCCAAAAACAAAGCCCCAGAAGAAGCAAAGUAGUUCUAGUUCAGAUUCAAGUAGCUCAGAAGAUGAAGCUCCAAAGAAGCAGUUGCCAAAGUCAACCGGAGCUAAAAUGGUGACAGGAACUAAAAAAGCAGCACAGCAGCCAUCAAAAUCAGAAACAGUCAAAGUUACGAAGGUGGUGCCCAAAAUCACUAAUGGCAAAGCAGAGAGUAGCAGUAGCAGCGACAGCAGUAGCAGUAGUGAGGAUUCUGAUGCGGAAAAGAAAGGACCAGUGAAGAAUAAAGCAGGCAAAGCACCACAGCCCAAACCCAGAGUUGUUCAAACUCCUGUGGAGAAAGGCAAAGCCCAGAAGAAGCAGAGCAGUAGUAGCAGCAGCGAAGAUUCUUCUGACAGUUCUGAAGAGGAAAAGCAACGCAAAAAGCCCAAGACUGGCCAGUACAGUGCUGUGCCACCCCCUGUGUCCAUGGCAUCGAAGAACAACAAAGCACAAGAUCUUGCUUGUAAGAAAAAGGUGGAGAAAAAUGACAAAAAGAUGCAGGUGUCCAAAAAGGGAACAACAGGGCCUGUAGCGAAACAACGUGUUACUCCUACGAAAAAGGAAGAGGAUAGUUCAGAGAGUGAUUCAGAUUCUUCAUCUGAAGAAGAGAAGAAGGUGGUAAUAAAGUCUGCAAAAUCUCCUGCAGCAAAGAGUCCUGCUAAACCAGCUCAAUCAAAGAAAGAGAGCAGCUCAUCUGAUUCCUCAGAUUCUGACAGUUCUGAGAAUGAAGUUCCUGUGAAGACAACAAAAAAGCUUCCUGUGGUGACAGUGGCAAAAAAAGCAAAUGGCGGCACUGCUGAUAAGAAAGAUUCCGCAAAAGGACUUGGUGCAAAAACUACCAAACUGGUCUCAAAAUCCAAAGCAAGCAGUUCAGAUUCAAGCAGCUCCAGUAGUGAAGAUGAGGAAGAAGAAAAAAAGCCCACCUUGAAACCAAGCAACAAGUUGUCAGGGGGGAGCAGUGUGAAGGUGGGAAAAAAGGCUCCACCUAAAAGCAGUAGCAGCAGCUCUUCUGAUAGUUCAAGUGACGAGGAGCCCAAAAAGGCAGGAUUAGGAAUGAAAAAGAAAGAAAAGGAUAGCAACAGUACACCUGAAAAGAAGAAGCCCAAGACUUCAUCGAAUAUCGAAGAGAAACAAUCAGCAUCAAAAAAUAAAAAAUCUCAAGCAACUGGUGAUUCAGAGGCCAAUAGUUCUGGUGAAGAAGCUGAGAAUGGAGGUUUGCCCAAGAAGAAGCGGAAAAGGGAAAAUGAUCAGGAGUCGGAAACACCAGAGAACAAGAAAAUGAAAGCUAGAACGCCACACACAUUCCCCAAGAUGAAGCGGCAGUCUAGCCCUUUCCGUAGAGUAAAAGAAGAGGAGAUAGAAGUGGAUGAGCGAGUAGCAAAUAAUUCAUUUGAUGCUAAGAAAGGAGCUGAAGGAGACUGGGGUCAAAAGGCAAAUGACGUUCUGAAAUUUACAAAAGGCAAAUCCUUCCGACAUGAGAAGACAAAGAAAAAAAGAGGAAGCUACUGUGGUGGCAGUAUCUCUACGGAGAUAAACUCCAUCAAAUUUGAGAGUGACUGAGUGUCCAUUUUGUCUCCAGAAUCUCAGGCUUGAGCAAUGAAGUGGCUGUCUUUUCUGACAAUUCACGCAGCCCCCAUACGGUUCACAUGUGAGGACAGUUGCCAGUUUGGUUGAGAGCAAAAUUUAUCUAUGGGACUUUUAGUGGAGAUGCACGAUCGCUUCUUUGGGUUUUCCUAGAUUUGCCCCAUUAUGCACACUUUUAUUAUAAUUUUAAAUGGCAGGGCUUUAAGUUCUUGCAUUCCUGAUGAAACUAUGGUGGCCCCAUUUUGAUUUUUUCCCAACCAAUCUUGGUGUACAUUGGGAGUAACAUACAGUUUUUUAUUUCCUGCCUCUGUGACAUCACACACAUUUAGCAGGAAAUUAAAAGUUGUCUAAUAUCUAAUAUUUGUGCCUUCCACACCCUAUGGGAUUCCUUGCUGAAUGUCUUUUAAUAAGUAGAACAGUUUCCAGCUCUCAGGUUUUGUUUUUGUUUUAUCUUUUUCAAUCUCGUCUUCAUAUCGGGCAUUUUAAAAAACAUCCUUCUUUUGUGUAUGAGUUGAGUAGCCUUGCCUGAGCUUAAGUAAAUCAUUUUCCUCCAAAGUUUUGGCCAUAGCCCUGAUAACCACUGAUUGUCCUACAACUCUUUUUUCAGUUGCUUCAGAAACCAGUGAAGUAGCUGCAGAGUUCAUUGCCAUCUUUAUACUGGUGAUCCUGUUUUGCAAUCAGAAGGAAAUAAGAGGAUUACCAUAAUGUUUCUAUGGGCUACUGAGUUGUUUGGAGUGGCCUCUGCUUUGUUUUGAUAUUGUACAGUUGCAUCUAGAGAAAGUUCUGUUCCAUCUAUUUCCUUUGCUUUAAGGAAAAUAAUUAAUGGAUUUUUCCCCCAGUCAACAUGGUUCCAGUUAAGGUUUUACUGAGAGAAACUUGCAAUGUCAGACAUGGUAAUGCUAGCCAGAGAAACAUAGUUGUCUCCUUAGUAUUUCUUUCUAGUCAAUGGGGCCUAGAGGUUUGCCAGUUUCAUGUGGGAAGCAAAGCAUGUGGGAAAAGCACAUACUUGAGGGGGAGUGGUGUGGUGACUGUUAGGAGGCCUUCUCCCAACUCCCUAGGGAAGCAUUCAAGCUCUCACUUCUCCCAUCAAACCUGGUACAAUCUGGCAAUCUGUUGAGGUUGCUGCUGUAGGUGCGAAUCCAAGGGUGUUUCAGAAUCCGUCCGCAGUUGAUACUUAAGGGUUAAAAAAUGGAAAUGCCCAGAGAGCCUGUUCUUUCAAACACCUCAACUCUCAUCUGUUUUGUAUUAAAAUUCCACGCUAAUAGUACAAAGACUUUAAAGUUGGGGUGGACUGGAGAUAUUUUAAUAAACAAGGAUCUCUAUUACAAUAAAAACAUUUUGUAAAUGUUCAAA